AUGACAGCUGAGCUUGUGAGAAUACUGAACAUUGAGCGGGUUCAGGCUCUAGAGGACUGGCUGAAAACCACUGACACAAAGCUGACACAAGUUAACGGGCAGAGGAAGUAUGGAAGGCCACCUGUGGUGUGGGAUGGUCCUAUCCCAGGACCUCGUUGUGAGGUCUUCAUCAACCACAUCCCACAUGAUACCUAUGAGGAUGUGCUGAUCCCUCUACUCAACUCCGUGGGGCCAUUGUGGGAGUUUCGUCUUAUGAUGAACUUCAGCGGCCAGAAUUGGGACUUUGCCUAUGCCAGAUGUGGCACUGCGGCCCUAGCCACUGAGGCCAUUCAUCUGUUACAUGGCUACAUGCUGGAGCCUGGCUGCCAUCUCAACGUCUGCCACAGCACUGAGAAAAGUCUGAGCCCCCAGCAGUCCCAGUUUAAUGAGACACCACCUUCACCACUUCACCUGCUUCACGUGAGCUCGAGGCUCUGCUCCACCAAAGACACCGGUGUUUCUACCUUUGUGCAGAGCUCAGCAGGGACGUGUGUGGACCAAGCUGUUGUUCGUUUCAACAAGAGGGCUGUUGGAAACGUUGGGACAAACGACAGCAGCGAGGACGACAUGCUGCUGGAGAGUAGCUGUACUCCAGGCAGACCGCUCAGCAGCCAAACGUUCAGAAAGGCCACACACAGGGCAGCCUACGUGCGAGCUCCAACAGUAACGGCCAUCACCUGCAGGCUGCACGUGCUGACAGGUGGCAGCCUCAGUGUGGACUGUGAACACACCAGCAGGUGA